AUGGGUAUUCGAGUCGCAGAAUUAUUGAUUAAGCAUGGUGCCAUUGUGAAUGUCACAGAUCUCUGGCGUUUCACUCCUUUGCAUGAAGGCGCUGCUAAAGGAAAAUUUGAAAUCUGUCGCUUACUGCUAAAGCAUGGAGCGGAUCCGACAAAAAAAAAUCGCGAUGGUCAUAUGCCUAUAGAUCUGGUUAAGGAAUCUGACACCGAUGUUUCAGAUCUUCUUCGUGGAGAUGUUGCCGUCCUAGAGGCUGCCAAACUGGGUAAUCUGACAAAAGUUCAGCGUCUCAUUACCCCAGAAAACAUCAAUUGCCGUGAUUCUCAAGGUCGAAACUCGACUCCUCUUCAUCUCGCUUCAGGGUACAAUAAUAUUGAGGUAUAUUAA